AUGGUCUUCCAGUUCCCCGUGGCGAGUGGCGAGAAGAAACAAGUGCAGGUCUUUGUCUGCCCUGUCGAGACGUGGAAGGAGCGCAAGCCGCGUAGGAAUGCCAACGACUUGCAAGCCAAAGACGAUGCAGUGGAGCUGACGCGACGGCAGGAGAUACGCAAGGAGUUUGACGACGCGUUUGAGUCGGUGCUGGACUUCACUGCGUCGAAGCUGAAAGGAAAAGAAAAGAAGCAGCACGAGGCUCAAAAGAUUGAGUCGCUUGGUGGAAAAGCUGCUGCGAACCGUAGGGUGCCGUACAAAGUGCUCAUUGGCAUGAGGACCAAAGGGGCGGCUCGGAAGCAACGCCGUGAGAACCUGAUGAAGGAGUCGGACGUGCUGACGGGGAAGCGAAGAUCAAAGGACAAGGCAAAAGUGCAGCAGAAGGGAAGGAAGACCGAUUUUGGACUGCAGGCGACCAAGGGACGGUUCAAGGGUGGCGUGCUGGAUGUUCGUGGUCUGUAG